UACCAAGUUCAGCUGUUCAGCAUCUACGUUUUGAAUAGUGUUGAAAUUUAAAAGGCGUAUGUGCGCCUUGUUGAGCUUCAAAUGACGCAGUUGAGCACAAAUUAAAUACAUUGGGAUAAACAUUUAAAAGUGGUAUACGCUGUUGAUGCUGGACAAAAUCAGGAGCUAACAAAGAGAAAUGAAAGAGUGUGGAACGCGAACUUGCGCGAGAGAUUAAGAGAGCGAACGUUUCGUGGUCAAACAAAACAAUUGCUUUCACUAUCUCCACACGCUCGUGUUUGCAUUCGCGUUGGGCCUGCGUUGCGUUUUAAAAUAAAACUUCUGUCCGUGUGCACCAGCAGCAGUGCGUGAUGCUCCAUCGCUGCGAUAAAGGAAUUAUAUAAUAUUUAUCCAUAAAGUGCAUUCAUUGAUUGAUUUUCCAACCGGCAAUUCUUGAGUUCCAGCAGUGUCUCCAGUCUUUUGGAUAUGGCGCGUCUAAUUGAGAGCAAUUUUGUUCCGAUUGCUAUGGGCGUUGCAGCCAUCGUUGCCGGGGCAUUGAUAGUCCACUAUUUUAUCAAUAAGAAGUCGACGAAGCCCCGUCGCGAACCCAACCGAACUGCACGAUUACGCACUCUGGUCGAUCCCAAUGAUAAGUACCAGCUGCCACUGAUAGAGAAGGAGGUGCUCAGCGCUGAUACGAGACGUUUUCGCUUCGGUCUGCCCUCCAAGCAGCAUAUACUGGGUCUGCCUGUGGGCCAGCAUAUCCAUCUGAUAGCGACAAUUGACAAUGAGCUGGUCAUACGGCCGUAUACACCCAUCUCCUCCGAUGACGAUGUCGGCUACGUGGACCUGAUUGUGAAGGUGUACUUCAAGGAUACGCAUCCUAAAUUCCCAGCGGGUGGCAAAAUGACACAGUACUUGGAGCGAAUGGAAUUGGGCGAUAAGAUCGCGUUCCGUGGUCCCUCGGGUCGCUUGCAAUAUCUGGGCAACGGCACCUUCUCCAUUAAGAAACUCCGCAAAGAUCCACCCAAGCAAGUGACGGCCAAGUGCGUCAACAUGAUUGCCGGCGGCAGUGGCAUUACGCCCAUGUUGCAGCUCGUGCGCGAAGUGCUCAAGCACAGCGACAAGGAUAAGACACAGCUGGCGCUGCUCUUUGCCAAUCAGAGUGAAAAGGAUAUCUUACUGCGUGACGAACUAGAUACCUUGGCCAAGCAGCAUCCCGAUCAGUUUAAGGUCUGGUACACCGUGGACAAAGCAAGCGAAGGCUGGACUUAUAGUGUUGGCUUCGUCAAUGAUGAGAUGAUCGCCGCUCAUCUGCUGCCCGCCAAUGACGACACGAUCGUGCUGCUCUGCGGCCCGCCGCCCAUGAUUAACUUUGCCUGCAAUCCAGCACUAGACAAGCUCGGCUACCAUCCGGACCUACGAUUUGCGUAUUAGAGACGAUCAACGAUAUGGCUGCCAUUGAUAAAACUCCUCUCCAAGGAGCUAGCUCACAUUCGCAUUUUAUCCGUUGUGUCAGUCUCUAUUACGCUCUCGAGCUGCAUUUGGGACAAUAACAAUCAAACUGAAUCCGAGAAUGAAUCAAAUUUUAUUAAACGCUGCUCCAUAUCGCGGAGGUGGGUGUCCGGCUCCAUUGGCAAUUGGAUCACAUCGAUCAAAUGCUACAUUUGUAGUAAUCUAUUUUAAUUUCUUUAAUUUCGAUCAAUAUACACUUGUUAAAUACGAGAACAAUUAUAAAAUUGAAUGGAAAUGCUUAA